AUGCUAAGCGUUCAGAAACUAUUUGCCGUGUUUGCGGUACUUUGUAUGGGGCUUGCCAAUGCCUUGCAUUUCUACGUCAAGACGGGGGAGACAAAGUGCUUCUACGAGGAGUUGCAGGAGGAGGCAUUGGUUGUUGGUCGAAUCGAUGCAUAUGAAAAAGACGAACACUCGAAUGAGUAUUUCAAAAGCAAGAAUUUGCAAGUGCAAAUCACGAUAGAUGUAUGUGUGCUUGCCUUUAUUGAGCUUCUAGACGGAAUCGUUUUUGGUGUUGGGUACUAACUAAGAACUAGGAAACCUUUGAUAACGACGAGAGGGUCAUCGAUCAGAAGUCCACCCCGGACGGAGAAUUCACAUUCACAUCGAUAGAAUCGGGGGAGCACAGGUUCUGCUUGACGCCCGUCUACAACGACAAUACCAGAAACAAGGUCCACCGUAUUUUCUUUGACGUAGCCCAAGGGUCAAGCCACGACUAUGUCGACUCGAAGUCAACGCGGAUGGUUGACGAUUUGACCAAGCGCGUCAACUCCUUGUACGACCAAUUGGACAAGAUCCACUGGGAGCAAGAACACAUGAGGGAAAGAGAGGCUGCAUUCAGAGACCAAAGUGAGUCCACCAACUCUAGAGUCGUCAAAUGGUCUAUUGUUCAACUUUUCGUCUUGGUUGGCACAUGCGUGUACCAAUUGCGCCAUUUGAAAUCCUUUUUUGUCAAACAAAAGAUUGUUUGA